GGAAUGCCGCUCUUAUAACCUCAUGCGGCGGCGAGGACGGGUGGUUGCAGUUUUGUGGCGCGCAUUCACUCCCCGACCGCGCAACUUUCUCCGGCCGCGUGCAGUAAUUGGCCACACGGAGCCCAGAUCUCCUUUGUUUCGCCGUGCAGAGGCUUGCGGUGAGAAGCAGUAGGCCUCAUAAAUCUGCGGGACUCCGAUGUCAGGCCCAGAAAUUUCAGCUCCACUUCUUUACAAUGACUUCACUCCCGCCCAAAAAUUCCCACCGUACCACACUCGGGACCAAGUCCAAGUUUUCACCCGAUCCGUGUGUCGCUCUCUUCUUCUUCUUCUUCUUCUUCUUCUUCUAUAAGGGGGAGAUGCUCGCCGUUUCCUCGCACACCACCGGUUUAGUAUUUUGAUACUUCUCGCAGGCUGUGAUUAUACGUCUGUCUUCGCUGUUUGCUAGUUUGCUACUUCAUAUUGAACGCUGCAGCAACUAUUUGGCUUGGACUCACUUCACUGGCUUUUUAAGCUACAGUUGUGGGUUCCAGACUGGGUCAAGUAUGGUUCAGUAAAUAAAUAGACUUAGCUGCGCGGCCGCGUUGAGAUGACGCAUUGAUUCGAACGCCUGCACAUGGAUUAAAGUAUUUAAUCCAUUGGGCAAACUUCUUUUUUUUUGCUUGUCUUUUAAAAGGCCUUGACAGAAAGUUUUGCAAAGCGUGACGCGCGUUAUUAAUGGAGUACGCUCACUUGCCAGUUCAUUAGGUACGCUAGGGAAAACAAACGCAUUCUAGUCCUGCGAUACAUUUUAGCUUCGCGAUGGUUGCAUUUGUUUUAAAUAACAGAGGGCUGUGGAUCCAACUGUAUCGUGUUUCUAUUGCGUUGACAAUGUCAUUUUUAUGAGCGCGCCAGGCUAAAUAACAAAAAAACUGUUUAAUUUAAUCCAGUCGAAUAGCUCCGCAAACUGCAUCCUCCGCAAGUUGGUUUGCCACCUUUGUGACUCCGUCUAAACAAACAACUGCAGCGGUUGCAAAAACUGAGGUUUGGCCUCAGUUUUGCAUUCGAAUGCAUUUGUUUUGUACCUAAUGUUUCGGCAGAUGAGUGCGCUUUGUCAGUCGGAGCAGACGCUUCCUCGCAAGUUUGCACAAGCCUUAUUAUUUCCUGGUGAUGCGUUCGCGUGCCUUCCCGACGAUCGACUCAUCCCGCCCCGCGAUUAUUAGAUGCGCGUUCACAAACGUGGCAGCGCGCGGGUCAGUAAACGCAACUGGAGCAAUAAAAAAACAAAACAAAAAAUAAAAAGACGCAGGGAAGCGCCGAGUGUGUGUGUGCGUGUGUGUGUGUGUGUGUGUGUGUGUGUGUGUGUCGACUGUGGGUUGCGCGCGACGCGGCUCGGGAGUCCCGUCGAAGGUUUAAAAAAAAAAAAAAAAAAAAAAAGAGGGAGAGAAAUCUACUUUCAUAAUCCUAAAAGUUCCUCUUAUAAUAACACCUGGGUGGAUUUUUAAAAUGGAGACACAAAGAGGAGAGCGGUAAAAAAAAAAAAAAGAAAAAGAAAGAAAGAAAAAAAAGAAAAGCCGAGCAAAGAGGAGAGGGGAGGGAGACAAAGUUUUUUCCCUGAAAGUUUGUGCAAGCUUUCACUCUCUAGGCGGGGUUACUGUAAGCUGCAGCAGCAUGGAGUGAGAGAAACAGGACGGCGAGCGAUUGCAAUGCGGCACAAUACCGAGCUUCCAUCCAACUCAAAUAAGCUCUCCAAUUCUCCUUUCUAAAAAUAACCAUGUACUCCCCGUACUGCUUGACACAGUAUUACCCUACUCACCUUCUAAACAAUGCCUUAGUGGAUGAAUUUCAUCCCUUCAUUGAGGCCCUCCUCCCCCAUGUCCGUGCCUUCUCCUACACCUGGUUCAACCUGCAGGCCCGCAAGCGCAAGUACUUCAAGAAGCACGAAAAGAGGAUGACCAAGGACGAGGAGCGCGCGGUGAAGGACGAGCUGCUCGGGGAGAAGCCAGAGAUCAAGCAGAAGUGGGCCUCGCGCCUGCUGGCCAAGCUCCGCAAGGACAUCCGGCCCGAGUUCCGCGAGGACUUUGUGCUCACCAUCACGGGGAAGAAGCCCCCCUGCUGCGUGCUGUCCAACCCCGACCAGAAGGGCAAGAUCCGCCGCAUCGACUGCCUCCGCCAGGCCGACAAGGUGUGGCGGCUGGACCUGGUGAUGGUCAUCCUGUUUAAAGGCAGCCCCCUGGAGAGCACGGACGGCGAGCGGCUGGUCAAGUCGCCCCAGUGCUCCAACCACGGCCUGUGCGUCCAGCCGCACCACAUCGGGGUGACGGUCAAGGAGCUGGAUCUCUACCUGGCCUACUUCGUCCACACACCAGAACAAUCAGGACAAUCAGACAACUCAAACCAGCAAGGAGACACAGACGUCAAGCCCCCGCCGAACGGCCACUUGAGUUUCCAGGACUGCUUUGUGACUUCAGGCGUGUGGAACGUAGCCGAGCUGGUCCGUGUGUCGCAGACCCCGGUGGCUACGGCGACGGGCCCCAACUUCUCUCUGGCCGACCUGGACAGCCCUGGCUACUACAACAUCAACCAGGUGACCCUGGGACGGCGCUCCAUCACCUCCACCCCCUCCACCAGGACUGAAAUGGAGCUUUAUGCAAGUCUCCCACGGAGCUCCAACAAGCGCAAGUCCAUUGACGACAGCGAGAUGGAGAGCCCGGUGGAUGAUGUCUUCUACUCAGGCCGUUCCCCUGCAGCUGGCAGCAGCUCUCAGUCCAGCGGUUGGCCUAACGAUGUGGACGCAGUGCAGCACCAUUUGGCCAGUGUGCAGGAGAGGAAGAUUAAGCAUGAGAGCGAUGGAGUGCAGUUUCCUUACCAUGGACUCUCGUCGCCUGGUUCUCUUAAGAAGCCGGGGAAAUUCGAUUUCAGCGCCCUGUCCUCCCAGACGAGGUCCCCCCGCAUGGCGUUCACCCACCACCCACUGCCAAUGCUGGCGGGAGUGAGACCAGGGAGUCCCCGUGCUUCAGCCUCGGCCCUGCACUUCCCGUCUCCCUCCAUCAUCCAGCAGUCUAGCCCCUACUUCACCCACCCAACCAUCCGCUACCACCACCACCCUGGACAGGAUCCCCUGAAGGAGUUCGUGCAGUUUGUCUGUGCUGACGGCUCGGGGCAGGCCGGCGGACAGCCAAACGGGAGCGGCCAGAGCAAAAUGCCCGGCUCCUUCUUGCUGCCUCCACCUCCCCCAGUGGCCCGCCCAGUGCCCCUCCCCAUGCCCGACUCUAAACCCAACAGCACGCCCCCUGACGGCGGACUCUCCUCGCCCGCAUCUCCGUCAUACUCCACGCCAGGCGCCACAGCUCCCAACAGGUUUGUCGGCAUCGGAUCACGGGACAACAACUUUCUGAACAUCCCGCAGCAGACACAGUCUUGGUUCCUCUGACAAGAUCUGUGCAGAAACCAGCAACUAGAAUUCUUUCUUUACAAUCAGAAAUAGAAAAAAAACAACAACAGAGAAACAUCCCGCAGGAUAAAUUACUGUCCUCCAAACCAACCCACCGACCGGCCCUGACAGUAUGUGUCACCUGAUACGAAAUAUAACCGAGCAACGCAGGAAAAUUACAACAGCAUGACGCUUUUAGUGGAACUCUGGACUUAUUAACGCAGUCAGAGGGAGGACCCGUUUUUUUUUUUUUUUUUUUUGAGCAGAGAUGGAUAGAUGGAAAAGACAAACGGACGGACAGGAGGAUGCCAAGGACGAGAGACGGCAAAAAAGGGGGAGCGGGGGGGGGGAGGGCGGAGAUGAGAGGGACAGCAGCAAACAAAGCAGGCAUCUCUCCUCAAACCACCGAACCAGCAGAGCACAGCAGCCGAAAGCCGCGGGACGAGGACGAGGACGAGGACGAGGAGGAGGACGAGGAGGAGGAACCUGAGCACGAAUAAAAGCGGUCUCCUACGAAAAAAUUAACUGUCCAGCAAGUUUGAUGCGACGAAAAGCUUCUUCCACAACGCCUGAUCUGAACCGUUAGGGUUUCCAGUUAACGCUGCAGUCCUUGCUCCUGUGAUGUCUGUCAUCACCCCAAAAAAAAAUACCAACAAAAACAAAAAAACAAAAAUGAAUUUGACGAAUGUUUCUGUCCCUCUGAACGACCAUUGACUCCCCCUUUCACCCUACUACUAACUAGAGAGAGAGACCAUGCCAAAACAUAUCUUGAUUAAGGGUUGCACUACAAGCUGAAUCGAUUAACACUAAUCCUAACGAUGUGCACUAUUUACCUACACGGCAUGGGAGGUAAACCACACUUUCAAAGUUUUAAGGAGGAAUUAAACCAAGGUACAAGAAGCCUUCACAUGUCCUCAACCCCCCCGACCCCGUUUGACAAAUCAUUGGCCUCCGCUUAUUCUCACAUCUCCCCGCACACAUGAACGCAGCAUGUAUGAAAACACACACACCCUUUAGACUGUAGUAUUUAUAGGUGGUGGUGUUACUAUAGUUGAAUUUUAUACACAGUGUAAGCCCUGUGAGCUCUCUUUACCUUGAUUAGAUAUUCAAACAUCACACACACUGAAAAUCACAAUCAGUUUUUCUUGACUAUAUAGACAGCAGCUAUUGAUUUCCCCAUUUGCCCUCUUGUAAUGUAGAUGAAUGAUUUUAUUAUCUCUUGCGUGUUCUCUUAUUUGAAUUUAUUCCUUUUGGAUUUGUACUAUUUUCUUUUUUUUUUGUAUUUGAAUGACAGCACCUUAAAAGAGAAACACAGUAAGAAGCGGUAUUGUUGAAGCAGUGUAGACAGGGUGGUUAGCUAACCCCAGAUCAAUUAGCGCUCGCAGGAAACGGGGAAAAAAAAAAAAAAAGUUGGGACAUUUUGGGAAAUAUGAUCACAUGAAGACGUUGAUACCACUUACAUGUCGGGCUAAAGCUGGGUUUGCACGAAAGCUGGAGACGGGAGAAAUAGCUAGCCUCGUAACAAAAUAAGAAAACAAACACCUUGACUUGCUAAUUUGCUUAAUCCAAACAAACAAACAAAACAAUUGGUCACUUGUUGAGUUUUCGUGGGCGUUAAAAAUAAGCCAAGAUAAAGUGCCAAAAACUACAGUUCCUCUAGUGUCCACUAGAGGCUGAGUAGACAUACGUGAUAAAACCAAGAUGGUGGCAACCAGAGCCGCUACGUUAAGCUUCAAACGUCCGACAUCGUGGACAUUUUUAUCCAUUUUUAAAUGCAUUACAAUCUGAGAUUCCAAAACACUAUUAGUACAACAAUGUUAUGUUACAAAGUUAUGCACGAGGAAUGUGUUCAUGCCCAAAUAUGGCCGCCACAGCUCCUUGUCGAAUUAUUUCAUUGCGCUGUUACACUUUUGUCCCAGGCUAGCUGUUUUAGCCCCCCUUUUCCCCCAAUUUGAUGCUAAGCUAGGCUAACCGGAGGCCAGCUCUAGCUUCUUACUAACACACGAACAUGCGAGUGGUAUUAAUUUUACUCAUCUGGCAAACGAAAUAAGCAUAUUUGCCAAAACAAAAAAAUGAAUAAAAUAAGUUGUUUACCAUCACCAGUGCCAGACAAACCUCUGCACAGCGAAAAAGGUUUUGACAAUCACGGGAAGCGUAUUUUUUUUUCUGGGAACUGACCCAAUGAACCAUACAGGUCAGGGGGAGGGGAAAAAAAAAGAAAAGCUAAAAAAGGAAAGAACGUUUGCCGCAUCUGCUAUUAGAUCUAGGUACAGCUAGCGGCUAGCGGCUAGUGGCUGGUGGUGGUGGUGGUGAUGAUAUAUACGAGUGGUGGAAAAAGCAGAACCAAGGAGGGAAGGUUGCUGAAGACGGGACCCAGAGGUAAAGAGAGAGUAGCUCUUCUUCUUUCUGUCUCCCUAAAGUAUACCCUGUUGUUUACACUCCCAGACGGGCGGCUGCUCCAAGAGCAGAGGGGGCCACACUGCGGAGCAAAAUGAAUAUGUGACAUAUCUGUUUUCCGAUAAAGAAAGAGAGAAGAAGGGGGGGCUUGUAAAGGCUAGCAACAGGCAGAUCACUCGUGCGGCCAUUUUUAAUUUUGUUUUUUUUUUGUUUUUUACGUCGGCACACACGAUCGGGUGAAGGGUAUUGAUUGCUACGGUAAUCCCCCCCCCCCCCCCCCCAAAAAAAAAAAAAAACACGCGCACACACUCACCAGCACUCCCCCCCACCCCCUCCCUAGCUGUUGUGAAUGGAAGAGCCCUUAUAGAUCAAAAAAAAAAAAAAAACUGCACUAAUACAAUCAUGCCAGCCAACCUUGUGAGUCUCUUUUUUUUUUUUUUUUUUUGGUAAGCAUUACAAUAGAUCUACCACCACUUAGUAUUUUAAAUCAGUGGGAUGGAAGAAAAAGAAAAAAAAAAAAACUCGUAGAGCACAGACCACUCACUAUUAAUGCAAACACAUCCCCUGCGCCCGACUGAAUUCAAAGGGAAGUCUUAAAACGAAAAAAAAAAAUGAAAAACAAGACAAUCUGAGGAGGCCUUUAUGCUUUUAAUCAUUUUUUUUUUUAUAUAUGAAUCUUAAAACUAGCCCACACACACAUCCUCCUAUCAAAUUCAGACCACCCAUCCAACCUCACAAAAUAACUGGACUGCCUGGCCACGUUCUUCACUGCAGGGAAACGCGACAUAGCUGGCCAAACCGACUGGCGACCAUCUCAUCAGCUUCGUAGAGAGAAACUAGCUCCGCCGAGUUAAGACGUUUAUAUCGAUGGCUAAGGUGAUUUCUUUUCUAAUCUAUGGAAGUGCCUCUGUAUUCCCAUUAUGCAAUUUGUCAAACAUGAAUUCAGGUUCUUUUUUCUCACAUAUAAGCUAUAGUUGAAUGGUGAUUAAAAAAAAAAAAAAAAAAUCUAUGUCAGGAGGGGAGGAAAAAGUUAAAAAAAACGGUGACGGCUCACUAGAUAAUCGCAAGCAUCUUUAUAUAUAAUACACAUAUAUAUUUAUAGAUAUAUACUUUUUUUAUUUGCAAGAUAAGCUCUGUGGCAGUCUAGUUAUUUUUUGAAGCAUGGCGUACACCGCACAGUCAUAGGUUGCAUCUUGGGAAAAAAAAAAGAAAAAAAAAAUGAAAUAAAAUUUGAGUCUCUAAAAAAAAAAGAAAAUACCCGCAUUUUAAAGGACAUCCAUUGCAAACACAACAAUAGAUUCAUAGACAACAAGUGAUGAUGAUAAUGUAGUUGAGGAUUUUUUUUUUAAAAGAAAAAAAAGAAAGAUUAGGUUUUGUUGUUUUCUUUCUUGUUUUGAUGGGAAGUAUUGUUCUUGAAACUAAAUGAUGUAUGUUGAUUGAGCCAUGUGCAAUGCCUUGGUAGAGGAAUUGUGUUUGUUUGUUAGUUUGAGGGUGUCACGCGAAAAAAAAAAAAGAAAAAAAAAGAGGGAAUACCCUCUUUAAGUUUUUUUUUUUUUUUUUUUCUGGUUUUGUUUUCAAAGUCCUCACGCUCCGGGACUCUAAAUACGAGGGCGGCGAGAAAAUAAUCCCAGUCUCUGUAAGUAAGAUUUUGGGGAAAUUGUUUUUAAUUUCCUUUUUUUCUCUCUCUCUCUCUCUCUCUCUCCUUCCUUUUAUCACUUUUUUAUGAAAAGUAAAAAAAAAAAGUCAUUUUAUUUGUUUUUCAAAAAUGUGGGAGGGCUGAAGGAACAAUUUUGCAACUCAUAAAAUAUAUAUCACUAUGAAAACUGGUGCUUUUCGUAAAAGAUUAAAGUACAUUCAAUCUCUAUUAUACAUAAAAUAAUAAACGAAAAUUAAGUGUUAUCAUAAAAGCAAAUUUUUAGGAAAAACAUGCAUUAUUCUAUUUCUCUCUUUUUUUUUUGUAUUUACCGAGGGGGGGAGGGGUUCGUUGUAUGAAAAAGGUUGUUGUGACAAAAGGCAUUUUUCCUCCCCAACCUUAAAAAAAAAUAAAAAAAUAAUAAUAAUAAUAAUCGUGCAGAAUUUUUGAAAAUCUCCAAAAUUUACCACCCUAAAGACAAGAUCUUACCCAAUUUUGGGAGAUGCACAAGUACGGAUUCCCACGUUAAUUCUUAAAAAAAAAAAGUUUUAUUAUUUCAGUCCAUAAAAAGAGGGAACUGGCGCCCCCUGUCAGGUCAGAUGUGGCGCUGCCAUCAACAUGAACCCCAUCCCCCCUCUCUGAACACACACACACACAAACACAAACACACACACACAAACACACACACUUUCCCCCCGAAAUCCCGCCCCUCCCCUCCAUCUACCCGCUGUAAAUGACUAUAAAUAUUCGUUUGGUGACGUAGUGUUAUAGACUCAGAGCAUCUUUAAAGGUUGUCCCUAAAAAGUGCCUUUUGUUCACAGACUCCAUCUUGUAAUCCUGAGUGCCCAUCUCAAAAGAAAAAAAAAGUCCCCUCCUUCAUACUUCUAUAUCUUUCUCUUCCUCUUCUUCGAGCUUUUUAAAGCAGUAUACAUAGUACUAAAGGAAAUUGGUGUGAUUUAGUUCCUCUUUUUAUUGUUGAAUAAUUAAGAAAAGCUGAAAAAAAGACAAAAAAAAAAGAUUUCUGUCUUGCUUCUCUUCCUCUGUAUCUUGUCGUCUGUCUAUCUUGGACACUGGAGUAGUCUUUAGCCGCUUCUCCCUCCUCCUCCUCCUCCUCCUUUUCCUCCUUCUCCUCUUCCCCUUCCUUUUCUCCCUUCUUCUGAACGGCGGGGUUUAAAAAGAAACAAAAAAAAAAAGAAACAAAAAAAAAUUGCGCAAAGUUUUUUUGUUUGUUUUUUUUUUUUUUUUUUUCGUCCGAGCAGAAUGCAGUUAGCUCACAUGUUAUUCUUGUCUGUACGCUUCACAUUGUAUUACCAUACCCAUCUUCUUCAGCUUCUCCAUUCAACAGCUAAUGUAAGUGAACAAGUUACACCACGGGGGCUCUGGGUAUGUGCUGAGGACAGGGGAGGGGAGGGGGGCUAAAGGAAGGGGGGCAGUUUUCACCCUCUGGGAUCAGUCGGUGGUUUGGUUGAGGGGUAAAAAACGCUCAAAAAAUGUUUUUUUUUUUAAAUUGUUGGUAGGGGAUGGGGGGGGGGGGUGACGGUGACCAGCAGGGCUGCUAGUGUAGGCAGGUUUGUUUGUAAUCCUUGUUUCUAACUAUUUAUUUUAUUUUUUUUUUCUACAAUUGAAUUUGGAUUUUUUAUUAUUUUGUUACUACGUGUCUUAGGCAGCGGCUAACACUCCGCGUCGAGACCUUCGAUUAUGCACCUUUCUUAGUGGUUGAAUGAGACCAGGUAUUAAAAAAAAAUAAUAAUAAUCGUGAACUUAAAAAAAAAAAAAAAAAAACAACAAAAAAAAAAAAAGACUCGAAGCACCUUAAAAAGCGGAGCGCGGAGACCGAGCUGCUCACGUCUAGCACAAUCAUAGCAUACGAUUCCGCCAUAUUGCCCAAAGGUGAUUAUGGUUCCAAAAAAUUUAAAAAAAAUAAUCUAAACUAGCCGGCGACAUGCUGCAGAGCUAGCGCCGCACAUUUCCACCAGCAAAAUUGAUCACAGAAGAAAACAAAUAAAGAAACGUAUGCAACUUUAAAUUUUUUUCUUCGUCUAGCAAAUGAAGCCAGCAGCAGUAUUAUCAAUCGAGCCUCGACGAGUGAAAAAGCGCCACAGCUGAGAAGCCAUAUCGGAGACGGACGGUGUGCACAGAGCAGAGCGUGUGUUUGUUUGUGUGACUGUGUGUGUGUUGUGUUGUGGAGGGUGGGUGUGUGCGAUUUCUGCCCCUUGCACCGUUCCAUGAGCCCGGUCGGACCCUGUGGCCCCAGCCGUCCGCCGUCGUUUUUUUUUUUUUUUUUUAAUUUUAAAAUUUUCCUCGGGUUUGUUUCUAACGCGAUUUGUAGGACGCAGGGCCGUUGUUAUCGCUGGUGUGAAGCCACGCCCCUUUUUGGAUUAAUAACCCCACCCAAAUUUUGAGUGGCCCUCCUUCCACCCUUUUUUUUUUCUUUUUACUUCUUCCGUAUCAGAGAAGCCUCCCAUCCUCAAGACACACCUCCCAGAGCCCAUGGUGAAAUGCAUGUGUUAAUUACAGUUUCUUUUCCAUAAUAAUAAUAAAAAACAGUUUGAAAAGAGCAACACCUUUACUUGAUUGAAUAAAAGGAUGUUCUUGACUGUA